UCAAGACUCCCUCCAGUGAAGUCCUUUUAAAUUUCUUCUAGUCUGUAGAUAUUUUUCCCCCAACAUUGGAGCAUUCCCACCAUGGCCGCUGCACCCUGAGGGGAGAUGGAUUUAGAGGUGAAGGAUGAGAACGGGUCGAGCUGUUUGUCCCGCAACGAGAGUGACCGCGGACUGAGCGCUUCCUCCGCCGGAGUGUCCACUGCGCUGGCCAGCGUGCUGAUCUUCACCAUCGUGGUAGACAUCCUGGGCAAUUUCCUCGUCAUCCUGUCCGUGUACAGGAACAAAAAGCUCAGGAAUGCAGGCAACAUCUUCGUGGUGAGUUUGUCCGUAGCGGACCUGGUGGUUGCGUUGUACCCUUACCCUCUGGUCCUGACAGCCAUCUUCUACGAUGACUGGACCAUGGGUGACCUGCACUGCCAAGCCAGCGGCUUCAUCAUGGGCUUAAGUGUCAUCGGCUCCAUCUUCAACAUCACUGCCAUCGCCAUCAACCGGUACUGCUACAUCUGCCACAGCCUCCAUUACGACCGCCUGUACAGCCUGAGGAACACCUGCUGCUACCUGGGGCUCACCUGGCUGCUCACCGCGAUCGCCACGGUGCCCAACUUCUUUGUCGGCUCGCUGCAGUACGACCCCCGCAUCUACUCCUGCACCUUCGCCCAGACGGUCAGCUCAUACUACACCAUCUCAGUGGUGAUCAUUCACUUUCUGAUCCCACUGCUGGUGGUGUCCUACUGCUACAUGAGGAUAUGGGUGCUGGUGAUUCAAGUGAAACAUCGGGUUAAACCGGAGCAAAGGACCAAACUGAAACCUAGUGAUGUGAGGAACUUCCUCACUAUGUUUAUGGUGUUUGUUUUGUUUGCAGUGUGCUGGGCUCCACUUAACCUCAUAGGCCUGGCUGUAGCUAUAAACCCUGUACAAGUUGCACCCAACAUACCUGAGUGGCUCUUUGUCACAAGCUACUUCAUGGCUUACUUCAACAGCUGCCUCAACGCCGUCAUAUAUGGACUACUAAACCAAAACUUCCGUAAAGAAUACAAAACGAUCCUCCUUGCAGUUUGCAUCCCACGUUUGCUCCUCAUGGAGACCUCCAGAUGCGCCACAGAGGGCCUGAAGAGCAAGCCCUCGCCAGCUGCGACGAACAACAAUGUAGCAGAAUUAAAUGUAUAGACUUGAUGUUUUACCUGCAUUAAGUUUCUGUGGAGUGUCAUUGCGGAUGUGUGCCAUGAUUCACCCAGUGCCUUUUCGUAGGAUGUGCUUCAUUUACCAGUUGUAAAGAUUUAAUUGUGACACUGCUGUCAUCGUAUUCCUUUCAGCCAUGCCAGACACUGUUCCCUCAUGUCGAGAGGGAAACAAUCAACCGAAUUGUCGGUGCAUUACGAUCCAUUUUGACACGACACUCUUGACAAACUGGUUAACAAGCAAGAAAAAAAGUCCAGGUAACUAGUAAGUAUUCACCAAAAUACAUUCGGAC